AUGUCGAAACUUGACGACGAACGACCGGCCAAGAGGGCGAAGGUGGAAGAGGAUUCGGCGGACGGAUCUGCUACCUUACCCGACCUCCAGGGCGGAAGCUCUCUUCAAUGUUCAACUCACGCGAUUGGCCCACCAGAUCCAAGCAAGAACAUCAUGUCUGUGAUUGACAUCGUGCUCGUCAUCAUAUCAUACGUGAAGGAUAUACAUGGCUUGGACGGCAUCCUUUCUUCCCGGGCAUUCAAUUCCCUCGAGGCCGAACGCGCUCGCGCUUGGACCACCGUCCAAUCUAUUCUCGACCUCAGGCUCGUCAAUAGGGUCUGGUCGGAGGCCAUUCUACUUUCUCGGUCUUCUUGGGCAGUCAUCCCCGCCACCUUGACGCACCAGAAAUCGUUCCUGAGGCGCUGUAUACGCCUUUCGGGGAAGGCACCGCUGGCGCUCACGUUCAGCGAACUGCCAGAUCCGGAAAUCUGGGAAUUACUCGACACCGAGAAGGGUAGACUCCAUUCCCUAAGACUAGCCUGCGACACACCCGCUCACUUUUUUGCGCAUACGGAUUCUCCCGAUGCCCAUAGUCAUUGGUCAACUUUGGCGGCUGUGAGAGCUUUGGAGAUCCGCGCUGGUUCCUUCGCGAUGCCUUCUAGGGCUUGGAUGGAGCCUCCCACCCCCCGGCUUGACAUUCUGCACCUCACCAACUUCGUGUUCGCGGCAUCGUGCGUACUGCCGAAGGCUCUACGAGAACUCACGUUACACUUCUCUGACUUAACGAUCCUUCGUGAGAGCAUGCUCGAGGAUCGGAUGACUUUUUCCGAUCUGUCAGGCGUCCUUGCCGGUCUGUCUGCGCUAGAGCGGCUGAAGCUUGAUAUCCGAUACAUGCUGGAUGACGGCUCAUCGAACGAAGGCCACGCGGACCUUUCCUCUCUGAAGCAGCUCUCAGUGCGCUCACGUUCUCCACGGGACUUCAACGCUGUUAUUUCGCACAUCACGUGCCCGCCGUUGGAACGCGCGCAUCUCAUCGUUGACCUGCCGAGUGCAGACGUCGGGGAAGUUGCGGAUGAUCUCACUGCGGCCUCGCGGAAACUCAGUGCACUGCUCCCUACGUCUCAGGCUGGGGACGUGGACGUUAUCGAGCUCGGCCACAUAUACGUGGAUGAACGCGGACAUCCGAUCGGGCCUCCCGACUACUGGCGGCGAUGUCAGUGUACGGUUGCCGCAGCCGCCCGAGAGCGUGCCCUCCCGUUAACCGACGACACGCUAUCAACGACGAGCAUCGCGUCCACGGCCGCCUUUGCCCUUACAGUGACUCGACCCGCUCUUGACGAACUAUAUCGUGAUCCAUCACUCGUCCUACGCCUUAUCUUGGCCGGACUCCCCUCGACCGAUCUCGAUAGCUUGACGGUUUACUGCCGUCCUGGUCUAGCUGUUGAACCAGAUGAUGGAGAAGAGGCUGGAAGCAACGAGUCUGUACUUGCGUAUGCGGACAUGUCGAUCUUCGAGCGCCUCUUCUCGGCCCGCCGAGUGAACUGGUUAGGCAACGGCCACCAGCUGGCGAACCUCUUACGUCAGGCGGGAUCAUUUCCGUCUCUGAACUACCUACCUCACGAUAUUCCUCCCAACGCCGAAUACAACAUUCGGCUGGAGAAGGCUAUUGAGCUACGUCAGGAGAAGGCGCGUCAAGCGGUUGAUGUACAAGGCUUUCUUAAGCCUCAUGCGAGGAGGAUGAGGAGAUUGGCGUGGAGGGCGCCACGGCUGCUUCCUGAGACAGUUGCGAACAUCGCGCAAAUGUUCGAUACACUUCUUGAAACUGUUGGGGAACGCGUAAUAUAG